CAACAGGAAGUCGUCGGGCCGCAGCCGCGACACGGAGGACUAGUUACCGUGAUCCUCAGGCUGGUUAGCGGGUUUACUAGUUCACCAGUCGGUCCGGAGCCGCUGUGAUGGACCCGGAGCACCGAGCGCUGCUCCGGAAGCACCGCCUGGAACUGUCCGGCCAGCUGCUGGUCCGCGACGCCAUCGUUCCGCUGCUGUACCAGGAGGACAUCUUAACGGACGCACAGGUGGAGGACAUCCUGUCCCGCGGCUCGGACCGGCUCCGGGCCCUGCGGCUGCUGGAGCUGCUGCCCGGCCGCGGGCCGCGGGCCUUCCCCGCCUUCCUGCGGAGCCUGGACGACUUCAGCUGGGUCCGGGACCGGCUGCUGCUGGAGCUCCGGAACCCGCCCGAACCCGGAACCACAGACGUCUGUCAGCUGCCGGACUCGGUUCUGCAGAAGGUCCCGUCGGAUCGGGACCUGUCCCGGUUGGCAUCGCGGCUCGGCCCGGAGUGGGAGUCGGUCCUGGUGGACCUGGGUCUGUCGGCCGAGGCGGUGUUCCGCUGCCGGUCCGACCACAGCCUCAGCGUCCAGGCGGCGGCGCUGGCCGGCCUGGUUCUGUGGCGACGGUCCGAAGGGAAGAAGGCGACGGUGGCGGCACUGCUGCAGAGUCUGACGGCCGCCGGCGUCCAUCCGUCGGUUCUGGAGGACGCCAUGAAAUAAACUUUAUUUAUCGUUGCACCGACUCAUCGGACAGAAGGUCAGGGAAAGACAGGAAGUUAAAAUAUCUGGGAUUUAAAGUCCGGAUUAUCAGAAUAAAGUCUGAAUUUUAACUUUAAAGUCAGGAUAUCUGAGGCUUCAGUCAGGAUUAAACUUAAGUUCAGACAGAAGCCUGAAAGAAAAAAGACAAACUAAGUCUGAGUAUUUAUAUUAAAGUUAUCUGAAGUUUGAGUCAGAAUUAUGAGAAGGAAGUCAGGAUUUUAGCAUUAAGCUGAGCUCUAAGUCAGAAUUAUGUGAAUAAAGUCUGACUUUAGGUUAAAAUGUUGAGAGAACUGCGAUUAAAGUCAGGAUUUGUACUUUACAGCCAGGAUAUGAGGCCAAACCGGACACGCUCAGAACUUUAAUAAAGUUUCACGUUUUUAUACGAA